CCUGCUUUGGUCGCCAUGGCGGACUCCGAUCACUUCGCGGUGAAGGCCUUGAUUCAACUUGCUAAUCAUACUUUCUUGUCGGAUGUUCUGGGUCAAUUCAUGCCCUUUGUUGGAAUGGAUUGGUCACAAACAGGUGUCACAAAUUUAUUUUCUGCUAUUAAGGAAAAUGGGUACCAAUUGCUUUUUCUCAGUGCACGAUCAAUUUCUCAGGCGUAUCACACCCGCCAAUUUCUUUUCAACCUUAAGCAAGAUGGGAAGGCUUUACCAGAGGGGUCUGUGGUUAAUGGAAGUGCUGUAGUUGCGAUGGUGGGGAAGAAUUGCUUUGCCAUUGCCAGUGAUCGUAGACUUGGUGUUCAGUUGCAGACUAUUGCCACAGAUUUCCAGAAAAUUUACAGGAUUCAUGAUAAGCUAUUUCUUGGCCUUUCGGGGCUUGGUACCGAUGCUCAGACACUGUAUCAACGGCUUGUUUAUCAGCACAAACUGUACCAACUUCGUGAAGAGAGGGACAUGAAGCCUGAGACUUUUGCUAGCCUUGUCUCAGCUCGUCUUUAUGAGAAAAGUUAUUCGGCGGGCUCCUCAUGAGUUCAAGAUUGCCUG